AAGACGAUAACCUUAUAACCUUUUGAUAGUUAAAGGUGGAUUAAAAAAAUCGGCUAUAAAUGAAGUAAUAGUAUUCACAUUCGCGUCAGAAGUUUGUGUAUCUCAACAAAUAGAAGAACAUUAUUCACAAUGAAAAUUUAUAUUAUUCUAGCAAUAAUUGCCAUCUCAUCAGCAGCAGAAUGGAAGUACCCAAGUGAUGAAGAAAUUAAAAGCUUUCAUGCGUCUUGUCUUAAAAGCUUUGAAGAAAAAAGAAUUAACAAAGAUACUGAGAUGACUUCAAAGGAAAGAUUUGAAGUAUAUCUUUGUUUGGCUCGUAAAAUCGGAAUCUGGAGUGAUUCUGAGGGAUUUUCUGUUGAUAAAAUGAUGAUAGAUUUGGACAAAGUAGCAACAGAAGCAAGACAACAUUAUGAUAAGCAGUUAUUACGUCAGAGCAUUGAGAGUUGUGUUGAUAAAAAUAGUGAAGGAAGUACACCAUUUGAGUGGGCAAAGCGUUGUUUUCAGUGUUUUUUGAAUAACCAGACAUUUUUGAAAUUCAUUAGUGGUCAGAAGGAAACUGUAGAAGACUAUAGUUUGGAUGAUUAAAUCACAGUUUAAAGUUAAA